UUGACCUCCGCCAGGUGGCGCUCUAAUCCAAUCAUGGCAGCCCAACAGCGAGUCCAGGACUACCUUAAAAAGCACAAAAUUGGAGCUUUGUUUGAGGAGUUGAUGGCCAAAGUAAUAGACAAAAUGCCAGAAGAACCCGUUCCAUACAUAAUCCGAGUUUUACAGCGAAAAUAUGGUCUUUCUGAGUCUGAUGAUUUUGGCCAAGUCAGAAGGAGCACAGGGGAAUAUGGAGACACAUUCGGUGUUGCCAAGGAAAAGGCGAGUUACGACAAACCAUGGAAGACAAACAGUAAACGAUUAAAGCCAAAGAAAUCUGAAGAUGUAGAGAAUAAAAGACCAGCAGGUGGCAUGUCCCAGAGCAAUGAAGAAUGGGAUUCCAACACAAAGACAAAGUCCCAGAAUUUUGAUGAAUUGUUUACAGAGACACAACAGAAGAAAACUGCAGCCAUUAAGAAACAGACUGCAAAUUCAACAUCAAAGAAUCUGUGGCGUACUGAAGCUGAGGACCAUGACUUCACUUACCAAAGUUCAGGCUACACAGGUCCAAGACGAGCAAAAACAGGUGAAGACUCCUUGGCAUCAGAACUAAUUGUUACUCACAGUUCUAGGACCAAAGAAGACCCCAUACAAACUGCAGCAGUUACAUCAGGGAGCAAGAGAAAGGGCCAGGCAGUGGAUGCUCAUAAACACAGGAAAAAGCUAGAAGAGAUGAUAUUAUCAGAACAGAAGGCUCAGGAUUCUGGUUACUAUGAUGAGAGAGAAGAGAAAGACGAUGCACUGGAGGUCUUAGAAAAUGCAGGAGACCUAGAAUCUGAAGGUAUUAGCAUAUCUAAAGGUCAAGGCGUCAAAGUCAGUAGGUCACAGAGGAGGUCACCUGAUGAAAAAGUCAAAGUUAGCAUAUGUGCUAUGUGUGCCAAGGUUAUGAGUGGCCAGAGAGGACCACAGCCAAGUGAACCUGCCAUGGGUACAAGGUUUGGCGAGCUACCAGACUUUGACUAUGAGACUGAUCGAGAUUUCCCAAGUCGACCACAAUCAUCAGUGCGUUAUACACCAACGCCCCCUAGUGAUGUGGAGGAUUUUGAGAGUGUAUCACAAGUGACAGGUCCUAGGAGACCUGUAUGGCAUAAUGAGGACUCUGAUGCAGAUACUAUAACACCCAGGAAGGGAACACAUAUGUUUUCCAAGGUUGUAGACACGGAUCAACAUCCUGAACAACCCAUGUAUGCUGGUACGAGAUCUCCAAUGUCUCCUAAGAGGGCCACAGGAACCCCUAGUCGAUCACGUAGCCCUGGGAGGAAUGCCCAACUGUCUGGCACUCUCCCUCUACGCUCUGUAGACAUGCGCAGCAGUUAUUCUAACACCCAGGUAGCAGAUGAUGAGAAGUCCCUUGAGUUUAUGAGGAAGACAUGGAGUCCCAAUACACAUUCCUUUGACACUGAGGAUGAAGGCCGUAACAUGGCCACACCAGAUAUACUAUCCAAAAGAACAAAAGGCUGGCAGAUACCAGCAGAUGAUUCCGAUACCAGUAGUGUAGACUGGGACAAAGAUGGCAAUGUGACAGGGCUAAAAAGACAUAAACCAAAAACUAAAAGUGGUUUAUCUGCAAGCCAAGGAUCUAGAUCUGGUCGUCAAUACUGAUCAACUGAUUUCCAUCAUUCCGCAAAUGCCCUCAAAUAAAUCCUGUAAUUACACAAUUUCCAUGGAGAUUGGGAGGACAGAUUCAGAAUCCGAGGACUGAACUAUUAUUUUGUUAACACUGAAUCCUGUGAACAUUAUUUUAUAUUCAGAGGAGUUGGGAUUUCUCUAGAUUUACUAUUUACAACAUGAUGUAGUGAGGCUCAUAAUAUAUGUAUAUUAUACACAUUUACUAUUAUACAAAAUACACCACUUUUUUAAACUAUGCUGUAACUUUUUUAUUUAAUUUUUGAUCCAAAAUCAUAAUU